AUGACCGACGCACGCUUUGAACAGGAGGAGCAGCAAUUGUAUGAUGACAUUCGAGCAGCACGACAAGCGUUAGAUCUGUUUCUUGAUUCGCGCAUUGUUGAAUCCGAGGCCAUAUUGAAACCCGAGUUGUGUGAAAAGUCAAUGUAUUAUGCACUGGGAAGAGCGGUGUUGCUUGCACUCAAGAGCGUCAUGACAUUUCAACCUGCCGACUUUGAUGUGGCAAUCAAUGCUAUGCAACACACCGUACAGCUUGCAAGGAAUAUCCAGCGACAGUCGCAUAGCAGCUUAUGGUUCUUGACAUCCUGGAUACAUACCGGAUUGACCCCUGAAAAGCUUAAACAGAUGCGUCCUCUUCAUCGUCAUGCUGAAUUGGUCUAUGCCGAAGCUUAUCUUCUCAAGGCGUUCUUGUGUAUCAUCCAUGACGAGAGUUUCAUAUCAUUUAUUCGCGAAGGAUUACAUAUUCGACAAGCCUACAUGACGUAUACGGUGCUGGAGAAGUACGUUUUACAAGUGGAUGAGGAAAACACAGGGGGAUCUCCACCAGACGACCACUUUAGAUCGGGUGUCUUGUUUGGUAUGGGCGCUUUCAAGGUGAUGCUAUCGUUACUACCACGAACGGUGCUACGUUUAAUUGAGUUCAUUGGUUUCACGAGCGAUCGUGAGCAAGGCAUGAGGUUGUUACAAGCGCCUGGUGAAUGGGAUGUUUACAAGAAAACAGGCGAGAUGCCAUCCAUUCAAGGCCCUGAUGAAGGUCUUCGACGUCAAUUUUGUGACAUGUUGCUUAUUGCCUACCAUGUCCUUUUGGCCAAACUGAUUCCUGUGAAUGACUGUGACGAUCCUCUUGCUGCCGCUAUCCUCAGCUACAACCUGCAACUCUAUCCCAAUGGUGUCUUUUUCUUGUAUUUGCAUGGCCGACAGCUCUUUAGCGAGACCAAAUUGGAUGAAGCGACAGAGGAAUACAUUCGAGCCAUCAAUAUCCAAAAGGAUUGGAAACAGCUGCAACACAUUUGCUAUUGGGAACGUGGAUUGGUUAGCACCCUUCAGCAGGAUUGGAAGACAGCGGCUGAGAUGUUUGAUAUCUUGUACAUGGAAAGCAACUGGUCCAAGGCUGUAUACACGUAUUUUAAGGGAGUGGCAUUGUAUAUGCAUGCAUUGGAGGAAAAGCAAGAUGCCAAGAAACGUCAUUCUCUCAUGACACAAGCAACCUACAUGAUGAAAAAGGUGCCUGGUGCACGACAAAAGAUUGCCGGUAGAUCUAUUCCAUUGGAGAAAUUCGUGGCACGCAAGGCUCGCAAGUUCAUUGAACAAAACAACUUUUUACUCUUUCCCGACCUUGAAGUGACCAAUGCGUUUGGUGCCUGCGAGUAUCUACCCUUGCCCCUCUUGCGAUCCAAUAUCAAACGCAUUGACAUUGAACUUUCGGCUUUGGACGAGAUUGUGGAUCCUUAUUAUGCUGACAAUAUCUGCCUCGGCCACUUUUUGCGCGCUAAGCUUGCUCGUCUCACCUAUACCCGAUCAGAAGAUCCCACGGAACGUGAUACCAUGCGUGCCUUGCAGCGUGAGUCGGUGGACAAGGUAUUUUCUCAGGCAAAGCACGUGCGUUUGGAUCACUAUGUAUAUUACUUUACACGCUAUGAGAAUGCCCGUAUGAUGAUGAUUGAUGGUCGCAACAAGGAAGCUGAAGCCGAAUUGGAUAUCAUUUUGCGUGCUGCCGACAAGGGAUCCUAUGGUAUUGGUGCAGGCCCCAAAGCUAAGAACAAGUAUAGUCUCGAGCACACACUCGUCUUUAAGACACACAAUUGCAAGGCCGAAUUACAACGAAUGACAUAA